GGUGCAGCGGUGUUAUUGUUCCUACCCGUCUUUAACGAUGCUAAUUCAGGGUUUAACUAGCUAGCUGCUGUCCUUUUUAUUAUUAUUAUUAUUAUUGUUGUUGUUGUUGUUGUUUUCCUUUAACUUACGUAUGGUUUCUAAAAUAUGGAGUCUUUAGAUCAUAUGCUAACAGAGCCCUUAGUCUCAGGGAUGGAUUAUGAUGGCUGUGUGAUGGAGGAGUGCAUGUUGGGAAACUGCAGAGUUCGGAUACCAGAAGAUUUUCUAGAAGAUCCAGAGAUUUUCUUCUCUGUGAUGAGUGAAAGCACCUGGUCUGAGGUUCUGACUGAUGCCCAGAAACAACAUCUCCGCCAGUUCCUACCACACUUUCCAGAAAAUAACACUUCAGAGCAGGACAGAGUCAUUAGUGACCUCUUCAAUGGCCAGAACUUCUGCUUUGGAAACCCUCUGCACCUUGCCCAGAAACUAUUUAGAGAUGGCUACUUUAACCCAGAAGUGGUCAAGUACAGGCAGCUCUGCACAAAGUCCCAGAAAAAGCGUCAAAUCUACUCUCUCCAGCAGUACUACCACAAACUGCUCAAACAAAUCCUUAUCUCCAGAAAGGAGUUGUUAGAUAUGGCUGUUCGCAGUGGGCCCGAGCUGGCAGUGAAACGGCGUUACCCUCCUCCUUCACACAGAGAGGAGCGAGAGCAGCGUGUGAGGCGCAGAGUGAGCCAUAUACUGCGGGACGUGAAGACUGAGUGUGGGGACAGCAACGUGUCCUCUGAUGAAGAUGACACUGCUUCUUGGCUGUCAACACCUCCAUCCCCAUCUUCUCCAACACCGACAGUCUCUCUCAGGGUUCUGCCCAGUCUCUCCACCCAGGACAUGAAAACUAUAGAUAAGCCAGAGCUGGGAGAGAAGGACUUGAGAGAUAUGCUGAGAAGGCACAGAGAGAAGAGGAAACGACAACCAGAUCAUCCUGACUUGAUGAUAUCAGACUUGCACCUGGGUGACAUCAUGUCACGAGUAAAUAUAGGCAGAAAAGGAUCCAAUAUGGCCUUAAUUGAUUUGGCCUUGUCUAAGAAAAAGAUUAGAGAAGAGAAAAGGAGAAAGAAGAUGAGACCCAUUAAAACCGAAUCCGACGACGGCUGUGAGGGUCAGACACCGGCGGCCUCAUUGUGUGCUACCAUUACCGACAGCACACCUGCUCUCCUGCAGAGUGUUAAGGAAGAAGCUAUGGAGGAGUCCCAGAACAGCCCUGACACGGUGGAGGAAAUAGCCAUUAGCUUCUUUCAUCUGCUGGAAGACAUCCUUAGACAAGAAAAUCUGGCGUCCUCUUCAGUGAUUGAGGAGAAGGUACAGCAGUGGCAAGUCUCUGCUGCUAGCACACUCAACCCUUGGUUCUCCAUGGCCCCCUGUUGGUCAGAGCUAAUAGUACCCGCUCUACAAUUCUUAGCUGGAGAGAGUAAGUCUGGUUGUAUGGCUCUACCUAGUGGCUUCAUGCCAUAUGUGGAAUUCAGAGAGCUAACCCAGCAGUGGAAAUGGAUUGGACCCACUCAGGACAGUGAAAAGGAUCUCAAUGCUCUUUGCAUGCUUUGGCUAGAGUCAAAGGACCAUGUUGUAGUCAAGCAAGAAGGGGAAGAAGCAGCAGAACUGACUCCUCCAGCUCCCAGAGUAUGGACUGAUUACGUGGUGAGGCCCAGCACAGGAGAGGAGCGGCACGUCUUUCAAGAGCAGGAGCAGCAACGCUAUGACCAGCCUCACAAAGCCUUCACCUUUCGCAUGCACGGCUUUGAGUCUGUGGUGGGGCCAGUCAAGGGAGUUUUUGAUAAGGAGACUUCCCUCAACAAAGCCCGUGAGCACUCACUGCUGCGCUCUGACCGUCCAGCCUACGUCACCAUCCUGUCACUGGUGCGGGACGCAGCUGCCAGACUGCCCAAUGGUGAAGGCACCCGGGCUGAGAUCUGCGAGCUGCUAAAAGACUCCCAGUUCUUGGCUCCUGAUGUCACCAGUGCGCAGGUGAAUACAGUUGUUAGCGGUGCUCUCGACCGCCUGCACUAUGAGAAGGACCCAUGCGUGAAAUACGACAUUGGCCGUAAGCUGUGGAUCUACCUGCACCGAGACCGGAGUCAGGAGGAGUUUGAGAGGAUCCACCAGGCUCAAGCGGCUGCGGCCAAGGCACGAAAAGCUCUGCAGCAGAAACCCAAACCAACCCCAAAGCCCAAAUCUGGAAACAAGGACGCAGCUGUGAAGAGCAGUGCUGCAGAGGGCCAGAGCUCAGCACCUGAAGGAGUUUCUAUACCCACUGUCAGCUUACCUCAACCCCCCAGCACACCAACACCAAGCACUCCAGGCACACCAAAAUCUCCACUACCCCCUACUGUGUCUACACCAACCAAAGCAGGAGUGCCAGAUCCAGUCAAAACCAGUCCUAGCGUCCUCCUGGUGUCUCCUCCCUCCAUGCCACAGCUGGGCACUUUGCUGUCUGCCACUCAGGUCGCUCCUCAGGCCUCCCAGCAGGCCUCGGUGCAGCCUGCAGCUCGAGUGGUAGCUCAUUCAGCUUCGCAGGUUCAUGUAGUUACUGCUCAGCCCAGCCAUUCUGCUGCUUCUGCGGGUCAGGCAGCCACACUGAUCCACCACCAGCCCUCCCACCAUAUCAGACUGCCUGUCAGUGUGGCCCACAGUAAGGGCAUUGCCCAGGCUGUGGUGACUCUGCCUUUGAGGAGCCAGUCCACAGGAAGUCCUAUCCAGGUGCAGGCAUCAAGAGCUCAAACUGGCAUCUCUGUGCCAGGUCUGGCUUCUGCUGUUGCUGUCAGUAAAGCUCAGAGCAGUUCUCCAGGAAGCCCUGCUCCCAACAUCCCAUCUCCUGCAUUGCUGCAAGGGGUCACCAGCCAGAACAUCAUCAAGCAGGUUGCCAUUACUAGCCAACUGGGUAUGAAAGCCCAGAACCCAACAGGCAUCCCGCUGACGGCCACCAACCUCCGUAUUCAGGGUAAAGAUGUGCUGCGCCUGCCACCCUCUUCAAUCACCACCGACGCUAAAGGACAGACGGUGCUGCGCAUCACCCCGGACAUGAUGGCUACUCUCAAACUCACCCCUGACAUGCUUACCAGUGCCGGCAGCACCACUGCUAAGGGCAUUUCUGCCACCUUGCACGUGACCCCGCAGCAAGCCCCUCCCACUGUUUCAUCUAACACUGUCCCCCCAGCCACCGCCGAGACCCUGACUGCCAAAGCUUCCUCUUCCCUGCCAGCACCAGGCACCGCUACCCUGGUGAAGGCCACGUGUGACACUGCUAUCCGCCUCAUGCCCGCCCUGGCCGUCACUAUGGCAGACCCCAAAGCCCGUGCCUUCUCCACUGUCACCCCCUCGGACUCGAAAGCUGGUGGCACCACCAUUCGCAUUGUGCCCAGCCUGGGCGUGAUACCACAGAAACAGGGUCAGACAGUUCCAGUCACUACCACUACAAGCGCAAAGCCUGGCACUGCUUCUUCAGGGGCAGCCACGGUUACCAUAGCAACCAGUGGAGUGGCAGGGGCUAAAGGGGUGACGCUGGGCACUUCUGCUGUGGGUUCACCGCUGUCUCUGGGCACUGCUACAGCCACAGUGAGACAAGUGCCGGGAACUGCUACAGUGGUGGCCACACAGCCAGGGAAGUUACCUGCAAGGAUCACGGUGCCUUUGUCUGUUCUUAGUCAGCCUCUGAAGAGCAAAAGUGUGGUCACUACACCAAUACUGAAAGGAAACAUCAGUACUAAUAUCAGUAAUCUUGGCAGGAAUAUUAUCCUGACCAGCAUGCCGGCAGGCACCAAGCUCAUCGCCGGGAAUAAGCCUGUCAGCUUCGUUACGGCUCAGCAGCUGCAGCAGCUGCAACAACAGGGCCAGGCCACACAGGUGCGUAUCCAGACUGUCCCAGCACAGCAACUGCAGCAGCACUCAGCAUCCAGCUCCCCUAAAUCUACAGUGUCCACUGUGGUGGUGUCCACUGCCCCCUCAGCCAAAACAAACCCUGACCCACAGUGAUGCCACCAACAUCUUAAAGCAGAGUACCGCCUAUCUCUGGAAAGUCAAUGUUUGCCAGAGCUCUGGGAAUGCCUGAAAUAUUGGUUGCCAUUUGACAUGGAGCUGUUGUUCAGUAUAGUAUAGAAUCUGCAGUUAUGGUAAUCCAUGUUGGGUGAAAAGGUAGAUAGCCACCACAAAUAUCAGUUCACCUUGUAAAGAGGCAUCCUGUUUUAUGAAUUGAAAGGCUUGCUUCUUAUGUUUUGUAUACAGAAACAGUGUUUCCUGUUCACUAAAACAAAUAUUUGUGUGAAAUGUGGAUGGUGUUAAAAUAAAUAACUUAAAAUAAAUAAAUAAAUAACGUUUUUAUUUCUGCAAUGCUAAAUUAUAAUGAUGUCAUUAAUUGACUUCAGCCCCCUUGGAAUUUUUCCUAUUUUUUUGCAUUACAACCUGUAAUUAAAAUGGAUUUUUAUUUGGAAUUCAUGUAAUGGACAUGCACACAAUAGUCCAAAGUGAAAUGAAAAAAAUAACUUGUUUUAAAUAAUUCAAAAAAUUCUAAACGGAAAAGUGGUGCAUGCAUAUGUAUUCACCCCUUUGCUAUGAAGCCCCUAAAUAAGAUCUGGUGCAACCAGUUACCUUAGAAUUCACAUAAUUAGUUCAGUAAAGUCCACCUGUGUGCAAUCUAAGUUUCACAUGAUCUCAGUAUAUAUAUACACACCUGUUCUGAAAGGUCCCAGCGUCUGCAACACCACUGCGCAAGGGGCACCACCAAGCAAGCGGCACCAUGAAGACCAAGCAGUUCUCCAAUCAGGUCAGGGACAAGGUUGUGGAGAAGUACAGAUCAGGAUUGGGUUAUAAAAAAAUAUUCAAAACUUUGAACAUCCCAUGGAGUACCAUUAAAUCCAUUACUAAAAAAUGGAAAUAAGAUGGCACCACAACAAACCUGCCAAGAGAGGGCCACCCACCAAAACUCACAGGCCGGGCAAGAGGGCAUUAAUCAGAGAGGCAACAAAGAGACGAAAGAUAACCCUGACGGAGCUGCAAAGCUCCACAGUGGAGAUUGGAGUAUCUGUCCAUAGGACCACUUUAAGCCGUACACUCCACAGAGCUGGGCGUUACUUAAGAGUGGCCAGAAAAAAAAUAAACGUUUGCUGUUCGCCAAAGGGCGUGUGGGAGACUCACAAACAUAUGGAAGAAGGUACUCUGGUCAGAUGAGACUAAAAUUUAGCUUUUUGUACAUCAAGGAAAAUGCUAUGUCUGGCACAAAAACCCAACUCCUCUCAUCACCCCGAGAACACCAUCCCCACAGUGAAGCAUGGUCCACAGAUUUGAGACUAUGUCGGAGGUUCACCUUCCAGCAGGACAAUGACCCUAAUUAUACUGCAAAAAGAACACUCGAGUGGUUUAAAGGGAAACAUUUAAAUGUCUUUGAAUGCCCUAGUCAAAGCCCAGACCUCAAUCCAAAUGAGAAUCUGUGGUAUGACUUAAAGAUUGCUGUACACCAGUGGAACCCAUCCAACUUGAAGGAGAUGGAGCAGUUUUGCCUUUAAGAAUGGGCAAAAAUGUUAGUGGCUAGAUGUGCCAAGCUUAUAGAGACGUACCCCAAAAUAUUUGCAGCUGUAAUUGCUGCAAAAGGUGGCUCUACAAAGUAUUGACUUUGAGGGGGUAAAUACUUAUGCACGUUCAAGUAUUCUGGUUUUGUUGUUGUUGAUGUUGUUGUUUGUUUCACAAUAAAAAAUAUUUUGCAUCAUCAAAGUGG